GAUGACGCAGCAGGCGCGCAAUCACAUGACAGCCUCAAUGUCAAGAUCAUAUGUGCGCUGUCAAAACAAACACUUUUCUGUGUAAAUUUUUCGUAGCGCGGCGGUUCGUUGCGUUCCAAAUUACAUAAUUUUAAGGAAUUUCGCCAUGAUCCGAGGUGUCUGCGGACGCACGACCCCGUUCGUGCUCGGAGCAGCCGUCGUGGCGGCGAAGGCAGCUGACAGCGGCACUUCGGAGGCCGACCCGAAAACGAAACCGAUCAUUUGCAAACCAUCGGAGCUGCCCCUGUACCGGCCCAUCAACCAAAAAAUUAACUGCGAGUGCGAGGGCCACAAGAAGUCUUCGAUCUCGAAGCCGGAACAGGCCAUCGAGGAGGGCAUCCGGAUGGUGCGGGUUCAGAUGUGCGAGGCGACCAAGCUCGUCACCGACCAGAAGAAGCAGGUUGUGGACUGGUACGAGGAUGGCAAGAAGCAAACUAAAUUUAUUCGUGACUACUUGAACGAGGAGGACAACACAAUGCCCCGCGUCGGUGCCAUCGCGAUCGGUGGCGUGGCUGGUCUCAUCUUUGGCCUGCGCGGUGGGUUCAUCCGCCGUGUGCUGUACAUGUCGGUUGGUGCCGGCGGUGUUGCGUCCAUCUGCUAUCCCCAAGAAGCAGAAGUGUACGCCCAGCACGGACUGGUCGAGGCCAAGAAGUACGCCACCAUCGGAUACAACUUUGUGUACGGCGUCAAGCCCGGCGACAAACAGCUGGAGCUGCCGACGAUUCCGACUAGUUUGGGUGCGCUGAAGGAUAGCGUUUCGGGCCUAGCCAAGACCGCGUACGAUGCUGUUUUCACCGAGAAGAAGUGAGGUGGCCCGUUGCUAGGACUGCAAGUGAUUAAAAUUCUUCAAAUAAAGUAAAUUGCACAGUUUA